CGAGAGUUAAAAAUAUGCAAAGCAUUAUAUAUAUAUCUUUAAAUUUUGGUUAUUUCUUAUURGAUACAACUUCAGAUACAUGUUUUUUUCGCCCCUUAUGGCCAAACAAAGACGACUGGGGAAAUUCCUCAGGAGGGAUGUUUAAAGAUAUUGGUAGAUAUUUUAGGUGGAUGCAAAARGCAUGCAAAUAUGUUAACUUCAUAACUCCAUUAAGGACCAGAUAUGCGAYAUGCAAAUCUUGAUCGUAUGUCCACUUAUGGGACUGUUGUGCGCAAGAUUGCAAAAAGUAAUAUCUAGGUAUGUUACGCAUAAAAGCACUAAUCGUGUUUUAAAACGUUCGCAAUCUUAACAGAGUGAUGUUCUGUGCUAAAGAAAUGCGAUUAUAUUUUUGCGUUCGGUUUGCCAGUUUUGUUGAAGGAAAAGCUGCUCUGUGACAUCACCAGGAAAKCUCURUCUCUAACAACGAGGAAAGCAACAGUUACACCAUCUAUUAGUCUCCCUCGCAUCCGUUUUUAGUGUCGCGUUGCGUGACGACCGACACUAAAAACGGAUGCGAGGGAGACUAACCAUCUAUCCGCGAAUUAAAAUUAUCGUUUUUAAAGGUUAAAAAAUAUUGUGACUACUUUUAGUGGUAACCCACUCUUAUUGAGCCGUCCAUUGUAAGGUUGUUUUUUUUUCCAUGAAAUCCUUUACAGUUUAAAAAAAAGUUGUAUAACAUAAUAAAUGGUAGAGCUGGAGGACUGAAUAGGUAACUGCUCGUUUAUUAAGGAUAUAUAUGACCAAAUCUGAGAAGGGGAGGUAAGGAGAGGAGGCUAGGAGAGAGGAGGAGAGGAAAGGAAGAGAGGCAGGCAAUGUUGCUGUUAGAUCGUUUUCUACACCAGCAACAUUGAGUGCAACAAAUUGAGUCGUGCGACAUAGCUUUGUUUACGUGUCUUAAGUCGGACGGAAUUGGGUGGGGCCAUGCUCGAAUGCUGACCACACCUUCCUUGUCGAUGUGACUUUCAKCUAACAAUGACUAAGUAAUAAGSUAAGUUAUCUUAAAAAYAGCCUAGUUAUUAACAGUGAACAUAACUAUAAUAAUAAUUAAGUGAUGUUUAACCUUUCCUUCUUAACAGUGGUUCCUAGCUGAUCCGGAUAUAUUUUGGAUAUAUGGCGGUUAAAUUUCUCGUCUGGGAUACCUGUGGUAUUUGGAAAGAUUUCUCGGAAAUCUAUUUGGGUAUUGUACCUUCUCCAACUACAACAAACACAUGUCAUCUUGUUUUAAAGCCAGAAAGUAAGCUCCUUUGUUUUUUUUUCAGGAUAGCAGUCGCAUUUGCUUGCAAACUGAUUUGAACCAUAAAUUAAAGUACCGAAGAAAAACACGAAAACCCGAGCUUCCGCAAGAAAAGCAACGACAACUACAAAUUCAUGGCUGCCAACAGUAGCUCGAAUAGUUUUCUACUCACUUCACCAUGUCUAUUCGACAAGACAGUUUUUGACAAGUAUUGCCUUAUACCAGCACUCAUCAUCAUCACGAUACUCGCAUUCCUAAACAAGAGAGUCAGGAUUAAACCCAAAACCUGUGAUGGAAGACCUGGCUUAGUCUUGCCUCUCAACUUUCUUGGUGACAGCACCAACAAUCGUCUGAGUAUUGCUGUAGCAUUUGGUGUCAUUGCUGGUAACUGUUUUCAGCUCUUUAAYGACAUUACUGGUUUUAUUCCUUCAUCCCUCAGUGUUGUUGAACUUAGUGGACUUGGGCCAUGGAAUAAAGCCUUUCGUUCAGUCGUGUGGGUCCUGUUGUAUGGAUUGAUCAACUUUCCCAUCUUUUCCUGUCUGAUGACUGACCACCUGUUGGUUGGUGCAGAUUGCCAAAGCACACGACUAUAUCCACGUGCGUCUGUUGCUAAGCAACAGAUUAGAUCAGAGGUUGGAUUCUUCUAGGAACUGGUGCAUCAAGGUGAGGGAUUGGUUCUACAAACCAAGAGAAGAUUUCAAGUUUUCAACCGAGAUGGUUGCCACCUUGACGGUUUCUGUAAUCUUUAUUUAUCAGAUGACUGUAUCAUUGGCUGAACRGGGUGCAAUGGUGACGCAAUUUCUCCCAAAUUUGCGCAAACAAACAGAACAUUUUAGAAAUAAUCYUGGAGUUUACCGCCUUUAUCGAUUUUUGAUUAUUGUAAUUGAGAUUUUUGGAGUUUCAUUAGAUGUGUGUGCCUGCUUUUCUGCCUUCUUCACAGUCUUGAUGUUGCUGCACUUCCUAAAGUGCCACAGAGAACAUGUUUUACGGUCCUACAAAAUUAAUAGAUUUUUUGGCAACAGCCCUUCAAGACUUGUGGAUCGAAGUCUCAGCUAUCCAGGCUAUCAAAUUGCAUAUAUUGGUUGCGGAUAUAUUGUGUUGGCAAUGGUAUUGUUGACCAUCUCGUUAUGUCUUGGGUUCAUAAUCAAACGUCAUUGGUGGGAUAUGGUAUUGCACCAAUUCGAGAGCGUCUUACCUGUAUUCGUGGUGCCUGUUUGUGUAUGGAUCUGCCAGUUCUUGCUUGGAUGGUUGGUGUUCAGAGAUCGUCGCUUUCCUAAUAGGACUAUUAACAUCAAUAACCACCGUCUCUACUGCGUGAUGUCGUUCUUCUUUUUCUUCUUCAACAUUUUGGUCGGAUUCUUUUCCUCGAUAUUCCGUCUUUUGAAGAGCAUGUUUCUUGGUGUGAUAUUUUUUUCACGCAUCGAUCGCACCCCUCUGAUGCUGGGAUACCAUAAAUGGGACCAAGGUUACRUGUCGUAUAUUGGUUUUCUCAACGUACUCAAGUCCUACAGUCAUCCUGUCAUGUUGGUUUUCUGUCAGCUUCUCGUGGAUAAUCAACGAUCCAGGAGUCCUCAUUUCUUUGGAAACCGAGAGCCAGAAGGUAGAAACUUCUAUCGUUUUUCCAAAACUGCUUUCAAUCGCUGGUUGGUGACCUACACUUUGAUGAAGAACCCGGAGCUUCAAAAAUUCAGGAAGCGAUUCCUAAGGGUGUCGUUUCUGAAGAAUUUUGAUGCCAGCAGUGACGCCUCUUCAAUGCCUUUAAUAGUAUAAUAUGAAAGGAAGUACGGUGAGUCUGUGAUAGAGCACGUUUCGUAUGRCACAGUGACGUGACACAGUGACGUUACACAGUGAACGCGGGGCCUGCAUGCAUGGCGCCUCUUUAUGAUACAGCCAUUUCAGUUAAAGUGCAAAUGAACCCUUCGACAAUACUUUCAGUACUGAUU